AUGGUUCUUCAUCUAUCACGCUCGACACGGCUAAGCGUUGUGAUUGGCAUAUCGACAUGUUUCUUUCUAGCUGAGAUUUCGCGUCGGUUGCCCUUUCUUGGUUUCUGUGGUAGUGGUCUUGUGGGCUUCUAUACCCACUCUAUUGCUCUGAUUGCAGAUGCUUUCCACUAUCUGAAUGACUUAGUUGGGUUUAUUAUUGCUCUUGUUGCAUUGAAGAAAUCCGAGCGCAGUGACUCGCCUAAGGAGCUUACUUUUGGUUGGCAGCGGGCGCAACUGCUCGGUGCCUUUUUCAAUGGUGUUCUUCUGCUUGGACUGGGUAUUAGUAUAUUUUUACAGUCCAUUGAGCGAUUUAUUGCUCUACAACAUAUCCACGACCCCAAGCUGAUGUUCAUCAUUGGGUGUAUCGGAUUGGGCCUGAAUAUUAUUAGCGUAGUCUUCCUUCACGAACAUGGACAUGAUCAUGGACAUGAACACAGUCAUGACCAUAGUCUAUCACCCACAAUUGAGACACCGGUUCUUCACCUCGACGAGGAAUACCUUGAUUCCAGCACCAAGCAUGACGAUCACAAGCAUUUUCAUUUCGAAAAACAUCGCUGUGCAGACUCAGGCGGCCACGGCCAAAGCCAUGGUCAUGGCGGCCACGACCACGGUGAUUUGGGCAUGAUGGGAGUGAUGAUCCACGUUAUCGGCGAUGCAAUCAAUAACUUGGGUGUCAUGGCGGCCGGUCUAGUCAUCUGGCUCGCUGCACCCUAUGCCGGCCGAUACUAUGCGGAUCCCGGUGUGAGCAUGUUCAUUGCCAUCCUCAUUAUUCUGUCGUCCUUCCCUCUGAUGCGCCGGGCUGGGAUGAUCCUGCUAGAGAGCGUGCCCACAGGGGUUGACAUGUGCGAUGUCAAGCACGACCUAGAAAAGAUCAAGGGCAUCAAUUCAAUCCACGAACUCCACAUCUGGCGCCUCAACCAACAAAAAACCCUCGCCUCAGUGCACGUCGUGGUGUCUGAGGACUCGGUCGAGGACUUCAUGAAGACAGCGCGCGUGAUCAACGAGUGUUUCCACGCCUAUGGAAUCCACUCCAUUACACUGCAGCCCGAACUGUCGGAUGCAGUUGAUUCGCAAGAAGAUGGGGUUUCCCAGGAGUCUUUCCGGUGCCAGGUCAUUUGCGGGACUCUCUGCGAACGGUUGACUUGUUGUGGAUAG